AUCUAACAAGCGCCAUUAUGAUGGUGAUCGAGAGGAUGUACAAGGAAAUCAAAUUUGUCGUCUCUUACCUAAAAUGAUUUCAAUAUUGGAGUCAACAGGAGAACACACAUCUAAUACGUCUAAUAAAGAAAUUACCGAAGUUACUAGAAAAAAUAAUGAAAAUAUCAAAUUCUUAAAAGGACGUGGAUUGGAAUAUAUGGUACAACACCAUUCCCGAUUUAAUAAUGAUCUUAGUUUUUAUGCAGAGAAAUACAUGAAGAUUAACAGCAUUUCAAAUAUCUUCUUUACACAAUUGGCCGUUAUUAAAGAAGAUGAAUUAUUUGAUGAUUCAACUGUUAUUGCCCUUUUAAAGAUAUUUUUAAAACAAGCAUUUAUUUUGCAUUUAACACAUAAAGUAUCCCGCUUAACCAGCCUUAAUAUGGAUAAUCAUCAUACAUUACAACAAGUAAAAGAAUUAGAUCAUUUAACUAAUGAUCUGAUUAUUUCAAAUUUAACCCAAAAUAAUGCCUCUAAUCAAAUUGAUAUGUCAACAAUGAUACAAAGACGUCAU